GUUAGGGAGAAAUAUUUAUCUCUGUACAGUUAUUAUUCGUUAAAACCAAACAUCGAUUAUUUUAUGUUACUAGCUUGACUUGAGCUAAAUAAAAUAACAUUAUACUAAACUUUAUAUCAAUAUCGACCGUAAUUUUCGUAGAUUUUAUGACAAAUUAUUACGAUUUUGAUUUCAUGAGAAUAUGUGAAGGCAAUGUUAUACUUGUAUGUAAUGAUACACAAAUAUUGUAUAUACUGUAUAUAAUGCACACAUUUAAACGCCAUAUAACACAAAGGACAACGAAUUGUAAUGACAUGGUUGUAUGUAUACGAAACUUCAUUUAAUCUGUAUACUGUGAAGCAACAUGUUUAAAAGAAAUUAAAUGUUACUGAUCUAUUGAAUUAAUUUAGUAAACACAAGAACGCUUGUAAAUAAUUCGAAAAGUAGCAGGACUACUAUUUUUAUAUGCUAAAUACCGCCGCCAAACUACCAUUACCGCUGAGUUUUAAACUGAUUUCAACCAUGUAUGUGUUUUAAAUGUUUCAUAUUACGAAAAAUUCUGUAGCAAAAAGGAUACAACAAAUGAAAUAAAAAAUAUAAAUUUUUCUGUAACUAUGAAAAAAUAAUAAUUGUUGCACAAGUCUGUGUUAACUAAAAUGGAUAUUAUUCAAAUAAAAUCAAAUAAAUUAGAUAGAAUAACUUCAAGUACUGAAAAAUGUAAAUGCAAUUGUAUCGAAGAAAAUAUGCAAAAUCUAAAAAAUUGCAUAACCAUUGAAAAAGCUGCUGAAGCAAAUUAUACUAAUGUAAAUCAGUUAAAGGGAGAUGUAGCCAAUAGUUUUUAUAACUCUCUCUGUAUUUGUAAAACAAAAUAUGAAGAAACCUGUGAAGAACAUGAUGUGUAUUAUACAAAUGAAAUUCACAAAAUGCAUAGACUAACACCAAUUAAUGAACAAAAUGAAGACUGUAGAGAUAGCCUUACAGAUCUUUGUUAUCAUGGAUGCAAAAAUGGAUGCUCUGCUAAUGUGCCUACGCCUCAAGAAGUUAGUGAAAAAGUUUUCAAAGAAAAUUGGUUGCAAAAAUUAGAGGACAUAAGACAAAAGGAAACAGUACUUAGAAAUAAAGAAAUAAGCUUACAAAAUCGUGAGAGAGCAUUAUUUAAAAAAGAAAGAGAAAUCCAAAUUAUGGAAUGUUUCUGGAAGCAGAAACUAAGACAAUUGGAUUUAUAUUUUAAAGAAAACAAAGAUUUGCAACAUUUACUUAAAGAAUGUAGUCUACAAAAGGAUAAUUUAGAAUCAAUAAGCAAUACUGAUUCUACUGAGAGAGAAAAAGAAGAAUCCUGCUUUAAUGAUAAUAGUACAGAAAGGUUGAAUGGUAUAGAUAUUAGCAAACGAAACUUUUGUACACAAAAUGUCCCAAUGCAACAUGUAUCCUGUAAUCAAACUGAACAGUUGGAGAAACAUACAGAUAAUACAGGAAUUAUUUGUAAAGAUUCUCAUCAGGAAAAAUCAAAUACUUUAAAUUCUUCUUGUUGUCCAGUUAAUACGUCUACAAUGAAGAAAGUAAAAAAUCGAUCAAGUUUAAGGAAUUCAAUAGCAACAAAAUCAACUUACUCCAAAUCUACAUAUAAAAGUAAUAAUAAAGCAAAAAGAUCUUCUAAAAUAGACUAUAGUGAUUUAGAUACUACAUUAUCUGCUGACAUAGGUGAUUCUUCUUUUGUACAAACUGCACAAAAAUUUAAUCCAGAGAUGUAUAGGAAACCAUAUAUUUUUACACGUUCAGCAAGUGAACGCCAUAUAAAACAUGUAAAUAAUAAAAGCAGUUUAAAUCUUGAAACUCAAAAUUUAAAUAAUCCCGAUGAAAAGUCUGAAGCACUUAUUGGAAUAGAACAAGAUAAAGUCCUAGAAAGAGUUACUAAGAAUAUUGUUGCUUCAAGGGAUAAAAGUACAAAAUUUCAACAUUAUGGUUACAUGGAUCAAAAUAUAGAUUCUACAAAUAAGAUGUGCAGAAUAGAAAAUGAGAAAAGAUAUUCGUAUCUUAAUUUAGAAACUGGUAAUAAAUUGUGCUCAUGCCGAAACUCUAAUAAAGAUUUAAAAGAAAGACCAGUUUCUUGGAAUGAGGAAACAAACGAAUGGCUUCAGAAAAAGAGAAAAGCAUACAAUAUGAUGAUAAAAAAGUCACGCACAGAGAAUAAAGAAAAUCUUGAAUGUAAUGCCAAAGUUAGUAGCAAGUCAGAAAAAGUUGUUAAAAAGAAAGAUAUUAAAAAUAGGUUAUUUACUAUAUUUCGCUAAAUCAACAGUAAAAAUAAGAUAAAUAAGAAAUAUUUGUAUUAAUUAAAUGUAGCCAUGUAAACAGAAUUGUACAAGCUUAUGAUUUUUUAAAUAAAUAUAUAGUUUAUAUAAUAAAAAUAUUUAUGAUUUGAGAAAUAACCCACAAUUUAGAAAAUUUUAUAAUGGUGCAAUUUUUAUAAGUUUAUUGUUUAAUAUAAAUUACAUAUACAUACAAGAAAAUUGCAAUGCUUACUGAAGGGACUAAUUCAGCAAAAGUAAGUUAUG